AUGGGCGACAGCAGUUCGGAACUCGUCGUCGCCGUCGUCGCUCUCGUCGUCUCCUUCGUCGCGCUCUCGGCCACGUUUAUGCAGGUACUUCAGCAGUACUACGCCUCGGCCUCCGGCUACACGCAAUGCAACGAGCAGGUCAUGGGCGCCUGGGCCAGGACAAAGUCUCGAAAUUUCAUCUGGGAGGAGCUGCGGUUCGAGGUUCAAUUCGACGCUCCCGUCAUCUUCGUCUCCCCGCCGAGCAACCGGAACGGUCCGAUCCUGGGUGCACCGAUAGCCUUCCUCGACGGCACGCAGAAAAGUCUCGACGAGACGUGCGACAUGGCGGAGAUGGAUCCGCGCAAGGAGUACGAGGCCAAGACGGUCAAGGAGCGGAUCCACACGGCCGACAACGAACGAGCCUCCUGGCUAGUCCUCCUCUGCGCCGUCCAACGGAUGGAAGCCAAAUCUCGCGACUGGCAGCAGUGGCGGCACGAGCAGCAGAGGCGCCACGAGCCGCCGAGACCUCUCGGGGACGUGGCCGAGGAAGGUCGCGUCCUGCCGCCGCCGCCGUCCCUCGCGGAGAGCCAUACGUUGGUGGUGGCUCUGCAGCGGAAACGCAAGAGCUGGGACACGAUGCCGCCGUCCAUGUCGAAGCCGUACGCGACGACGACCAUGUGCCAUCUCGUCGAGAUGAUGGCGGCCCUGGGCGUCUACUGGAAGCAGUUUGAUCGCAAGCACGACCGCUACCGCGCCGAGGGCAACGGCUUCGUCGUGCUCGGCGAGAGGCUGCGCGAGCUCGGCCUCGUAUUCUCCUUUCAGGUCUACGGCGAGUGUCGCUUCGAGGGCAACCGCGUCAUGCCGGUCGACUACGUCAAGGAGCUCUGUUUCGGCUACGUACCCACCAUUUACCGCGAGACGCUGGACCGGCGCAGGCUAAGGGCCCCCAGCGACGAGCUCCGUGAUCUUGGGUCGCUGCAGAUGGCGAGCAGGAGCGAGAUUGCCGAGACGCUUGUCGUCAUCGGCUGCAACAAGAACACGGUGCAGUAUUUCCUGGAUGGCCAUGGCAAGACGGCCCAUCUCUUCCCCCUCUCGUUUGAAAUCCUCGGCAUGCUGAGUCGAACUUUUCACAUCGAAAACACCUACUACACAUAUAUUCCAAACCCCACGCCGGACCGUUGGGAUGAACGCUCGCUGUCGCUCAUCAAAAUGAUGGAAGCUUACGAGGAGCUUUCCGAGGUACCCCUCGCCGGCGUGCCUCGCAACGAGACGUUACAGCUUGGACUUGCCCAGCACGCGCGAGCCAUCAUCCGUCAUCACGGCGACGGCGACAAGGCCGCAGGCUUUCUUCUCCGAGCUCUGCACGCCGCUCUCGACGACACGGACGAAAUCUUGACGGCGAAGCCGACGACGACCCACGGCACGUCGAGCGGCCUUUCCGACAAGGCGGCGGCGGCGCCGAUGGAGAAGCAGAGGCAGCGAAGGGAAAUGGUCCAAGACGUGCUGCGGUCACACAUUCAGGAGGUGCUGCGUCUGAUGAACGAACGCGACGACCAGGGUUCCGACUCGCAUUCCCUCGUCGUUCCCCAAAAGGCUCCCGCGUCCCCGUCAUCAGGGCGUUCGCGGCUCCCGAGCGUCGCCGAAUCUGCGCCGCCGCGCUUCGCCGAGAUCUACGAGGAGGGACCCGAGUACCGACAACACAAGUACAUGGAGGUCUACUUUCAAGUCGUGCGGAGAAACGUGGUCCCGCGAGCGACGGAAUCGACGAUCCGCAGAGCAAGCUUUACGGGGAAGUGCGGGGUCCAUCGGCGUUGCAGCAGCAAUGUCGCCGACGGGCCCCCCGGGUUGAGGCUCGGCAAGCAUGGCAGCGGCGGCACCCGGGCGAGUGCGGCCGCUCACAGACGUGGGGAUUCCGGAAGCACGACGCAAACCGCUCAUCACCUGCUGGACGUGGACGUGGACGAGCCAGAGGAGGGGGCCACGAGCCGGCCGGGCCACGAGGAACUGCCCAGACAGCACUCGGCGGUGCGAGAGUCGGAGAAGGAGAGCCGGCCUCGGCUGGAGGAUGACGUUGGCUUGAAGACGACGCAGGUGACGCAGGUGCCGUUGGCGGAUCAGAACGUCUCGCACGACGAUGUCUGGUGCACGCUGGUGUUUAGGAUGAUUUGCUGGUUGAUGCUGCACGACUUUAACCUCCAGGACGUUCAGGUUAGCAAGAGCGAGCUCAUGGGCAGCCGGAUGCCCGUGUAUAUUGCCUGA